AUGACGCCGUCCGAUGGCGUACAGCUGGACCACCUACAAACCGAGGAGCGCAGUGCCCAGGCACACUCAAUCGAUUCUCUUGAUACUUUUGGCCUCUGCAUAGCCUUCAAUCAUGAAGAGUCACGAGUCUCCGCCUCAGUCGCGUCCUGUGUACCGACAAUCGUAUCAUUCGUUGAUAUUUUAGUCCCUCGAUUGCACGCGGGGGGGAGGCUGAUCUACGUGGGAGCUGGCAACAGCGGUCGAGUAGCGUUGAUGGACUGUGCCGAGCUACCCGUUACUUUUUCCACUAGGGAGGGGCAAGUUAUCGCUCUCGUCGCUGGGGGAGAGGGAACGGCUACCAAAGCACAAGAAGGAGCUGAGGAUGCCGAACAAGAUGGAGCUGCUCAACUCGAAGCUUUGAAUAUCACUACCAAGGAUACCGUGCUGGGGAUUUCAGCCUCGGGUCGGACACCGUUUGUCCUUGGAGCACUCAAAGUCGCCGUCCGAACUGGAGCACUGACAGCAAGCAUUACAAACACGUCGCCAUCCUUGAUGGGUGGCCUGAGCAUCAAUUAUUCAAUCGUCGCCUUGUUGGGCCCGGAAUUCGUCUCAGGAAGUACUCGCUUAAAGGCCGGGAGUGCGGCUAAACAAAUUCUGAACAUGAUCAGUACUUGUUCAAUGAUAAAGCUUGGGAAGACAUACAGAGGCCUUAUGAUUGACCUUCGAGUUGGGAACCAGAAGCUUGAAGAUCGAGCUCGGAGAAUUCUGCGCCAAGUCUGCGACGAUAUUUUGGGAAUCUACUCGAAAAAAGGACUCACUCUGCCAUCCGAACUGUUGAAAACAUUUCAACAGAUGCAGAACGAUCAUGCAGCGAAUGAUCUCAUUCGCAGAUGCGAUGGAAAGUUGAAAUUGGCCUGUGCCGUGGCCCUUACAAACCUUUCACCUCAUGAAGCGAAUUCACGACUUCAAAAAAUCAACGGUGAUUUUGGUGCCUUUGUUGCAGAUCACCUGGAUUUGAGUCAUAUCAAUCUCGACACUGCCUCACUUAUAGGAGAAGACAGGAGCCCCGAGUAUUUUUUGUCCAUCGAUGGUGGAGGCACCAAAUGCGCAGUGUCAAUUGCCUCGAGGUUUGGGAUCGUCUCUCGUGGCUAUGGUGGAGCCUGCAACUUCAAUAUUGCGUCUAUAGAAGAGCUUGUAAGCCAGAUCAAAAAAGCCACGAUGGAAGCUAUUAGGCAUUUACCGCAUAACGAAUAUUUGCGUCCUGGCAUGACCCCUCGAUUCAGCAAAGUUUGGGCUGGAAUUGCAGGCUUACACCAUGCGGAUAAAUUGGAAGUACUCACCAGCCAUCUUGAGAAAUUGUUUGGCGUCUCUGCGGAGAAGGGCUCACUUCGGUUGACAAGUGACAGCGCCCUCCUAAGCGCAUGCAUUGAAGGGUAUACUUCCACUCGAACGUGUAUCAGUCUUAUAUCAGGAACUGGGUCUGUGGCAACAGCUUUCCAAAAAGACACCAAUGGCCAUGUUGUCGAAGUUCGUCGGACAGGCGGGUGGGGUCAUCUUAUUGGAGAUGAUGGAAGUUCAUUUCAUAUUGGCAAACUGGCUUUACAGGCUCUAUUGAGAAGCAUUGAGAUUAGUGAGUCUGUUGAUGAAAUCCACUUGAGCGAAAUGGAGAGGGAAAUCCUUGCAUACUUUGGGUGCACCAAAAAUGAAGUGUUGUCUCGCCUCCUUUAUUCUGGAAAGAACCCAAAGCGCGACAUCGGCGAUCUCGCGAAGAUCGUGACCAGGCUUGCUUUUCGCGACAAAAAUCCCGAUACUCAAGCUCUUGAAAUUCUUCAUUCUGCCGCCAGCUCGCUAGCUCAGCUCAUUCAGCCCUUGAUAAAAACCUGCCCUCCAAUCAGCAGCCUGUUGAUACUUUCCGGAGCACUGAUGGGCCUCUCUGAAUUUCGGGAAUUGAUCUAUGAGGAAUUUUCUUCGGCUCAUAUUGUUGACUUUAAGGAAAUUAUUGUCAUACAGAGUGUCUCCGAUGCUGUUGUGGAACUUUUGGCUGCCCGGGCAAUCUAG